AUGCGAGCGAAAAGUCGGGGGUCCGAGAGCUUGAAUGUAACUGAUACGUUCCCGUCAUCUUCCCACCACCCGACCUCCGCUUCCCCGCCACCCCAUCUCCCCUGCUCGCCGACCGAUCUCCCAUGCAACCCGCCCGAGUUCCCGUUCCCGCGGCCCGAUCUCCCAUUUCUGCCGCCCAAUAUCCCCUUCUCGCCUCCUCUCGCCUCCCCGCGCGUGCUCCUCUCGCCUCUCAGCGCGUGCUCCUCUCCCCUCCCAGCGCGUGCUCCUCUCCCCUCCGCGUGCGUGCUCCUCUCCCCUCCGCGUGCGUGCUCCUCUCCCCUCCGCGUGCGUGCUCCUCUCGCCUCCCUGCGCGUGCUCCUCUCCCCUCCCCUUGCGUGCUCCUCUCGUCUCUCCGCGCGUGCUCCUCUCCCCUCCCCGCGCGUGCUCCUCUCCCCUCCGUGUGCGUGCUCCUCUCCCCUCCCCGCGCGUGCUCCUCUCCCCUCCGCGUGCGUGCUCCUCUCCUCUCCGCAUGCGUGCUCCUCUCCCCUCCGCGUGCGUGCUCCUCUCCCCUCCGCGUGCGUGCUCCUCUCGCCUCCCCGCGCGUGCUCCUCUCCCCUCCCCGUGCGUGCUCCUCUCGCCUCCUCGCGCGGCAUCCCCCCUGCACGCCCUCAUUUCCCCCCCUGCACGCCCUCAUUUCCCCCCCUGCAGGCUCUCAUUACCCCCCUUUUAUGCACCCGUUUCCCCUCUGCUCACUCUCUUUCACCCCUCACUCACGCGUUUUCCCCUCUGCUCACUCUCUUUCCCCCACACUCACCCUUUCUCCCCUCUGCCCACUCUGUUUCCCCCGUCACUCACCUUCUUACCGAAUUCUCACUUUUCAUUCACCCCUUUUUCCAAUCCCGCUUCCCCUUUUCCAUCUCUCCUUCAUGCCUCCCACCACCUCUCCCUGCCUUCCUUGCUUCUCUCCUUAUCUCCUUCAUGCCUCCCACCAUCUCGUUUUCCUUCUCAUCUCUUGUGGGCCACAUCACAAGGCCCGUCUGCCCUCUCACACUCUUCCUGCCAUUCUCACUCUCGCAAUCCUCACCGCCGUCCCUUCCUUCCUGUAACCAAUCUCCCCUCCCCCCUUUUCCCUUCCUUCCCUCCACUUCCUCCCCUUCCCUUCCUUCUCUCCCCAUCAUUCCCUCCCCUUCCUCCCCUCCCCUUCAUCCCCAUCCCUGCCCUUUCCUCCCUGCCCUUCCCUUCUCGACCCCGCCCUUCUACGUCACUCCUCGCCUUCUGCCCUCCAGGGAAGGGGAGGGCAUGAAAAGGAUGGGGAAGGGAAGCGCAGGGCAGGGAGGGAAAGGCAGGGAUGGGGAGGGCAGGGUGGAACAGGGCAGAGGGUGGGGGGAAGGAGGGCUGAGGGGAUGGGGGGAAGCAGGAAAGGGGAUGGGGGGAAGCAGGAAAGGGGAUGGGGGGAAGCAGGAAAGGGGAUGGGGGGAAGAAGGAAAGGGGAUGGGGGGAAGCAGGAAAGGGGAUGGGGGGAAGCAGGGAAGGGGAUGGGGGGGAGCAGGGAAGGGGAUGGGGGGAAGCAGGGAAGGGGAUGGGGGGAAGCAGGGAAGGGGAUGGGGGGAAGCAGGGAAGGGGAUGGGGGGAAUCAGGGGGGGAACGGAGGAGAAGCAGGGGGGGAAAUAG